GAAACAGAACAGAAAAGGCAAAGCAACAAAACGUAUUGUUAAUUUCGCUCUUGCAAUGAAGAAGCCAGAGCUCGUCUUCAUCCCCGCACCGGUCAUGGGCCACCUCAUAAGCGCGGUGGAGGCUGCAAAACUUCUCGUUGAUAUCAAUGACCGCCUCUCAAUCACGGUUCUCAUAAUCAAACCACUACUCGAAUCCGAGGUCACUGGCUAUGUCCAAUCCUUAAGCGCCACCACAUCUUUCUCCGACCGCAUCAGAUUCAUCGACCUCCCCCAGCCUCCUAAAGAUGAGCUCGCACACAUCCCACGUGCCAAAUUCUUCACUACUUACGUCGAGAGUCAUAAGCCCCUAGUCAAAGAAGCCAUCUUCACGCGCUCCGAAGAAUCAGUACUCACUGGCUUCGUCGUCGACAUGUUUUGCUUGUCGAUGAUGGAUUUGGCUACCGAACUCGGCGUGCCUAGCUACGUGUUCUUCACCUCAAACGUCGCUUUUCUUGGUCUCUUGUUCUAUUUGCAGACUCUGCAGGACGAGCAAAACAUGGACGUUUCCGAGUUCGACGGAUCGGAUUCCGAGUUGCCCUUCCCUGGUUUCGUCAACCCACUUCCGGCCAAGGCCCUGCCUACUUCUGUCAUACAAAAAGACUCGAGUCCCAUAAUCAGCGAGAUGGUCCGGAGACUUAGACAGACCGAGGGUAUUAUGGUAAAUUCAUUCGUGGAGAUUGAAUCUCACGCGCUCGAAUCCCUCUCUUAUGCUGAGAAUAUUCCACCGAUUUUCCCUGUGGGACCCAUAUUGAAUCUGAAAGGCGACGGCCAUGAUCAGUCCUGUUCGGGUGAGUUUGAUGUCAUGCAAUGGCUUGACGAUCAACCUCCAUCAUCAGUUGUGUUCCUAUGCUUCGGGAGCAUGGGAAGCUUCGGUGAAGAUCAGGUGCAAGAGAUCGCACGUGCAUUGGAACAGAGCGGACAUCGAUUCUUGUGGUCCUUACGCAAACCCCAACCGAAGGGCACCAUAUCACCACCAACAGAUUAUUCAAAUUUGGAGGAGGUUUUGCCAGAAGGGUUCUUAGAUCGAACGGUUGAGAUUGGAAAGGUGAUUGGAUGGGCCCCACAAGUGAGUGUUCUGGCCCACCCUGCAAUCGGAGGAUUCGUAUCGCAUUGCGGUUGGAAUUCCACUCUGGAGAGCAUAUGGUUUGGUGUUCCAAUUGCGGCGUGGCCAGUAUAUGCAGAGCAACAAUUCAAUGCAUUCCAAUUGGUCAAGGAGUUAGGAUUAGCAGUGGAGAUUAAGAUGGAUUACAACAAGGGUUUGAGGUUAGAGAUUGAACCACCCAUCGUGACUGUGGAAGAGAUAAAGAGAGGAAUAGUAGGACUAAUGGAGCCAGAAAGUGACGUAAGGAAGAAGAUGAAGGUGAUGAGUGAAAAGAGUAGAAAAGCGUCCGUCAAGAAAGGCGGUUCUUCGUACUCCUCGCUCCAAGAUUUCAUUGGUCAUGUUCUAGGUAACAUGCCGUGAAUUGAUGUUUAUUGAUUGAGGUCAAAUUGCCAAAGUUUUCAGUGUUAUAAAAUUUCCCCAAACUUUGAAUUUAAAAAGUUUUCAAAGAAAUACCUCAUUAUUUUUGGCAUAACCUGUUGGAAUUAUUGUUAGAAAUGUGGUAUUCAAAUCUGCAAAAAAUGAUGAAAUGAAGGUGGCAUGAAAUGGCAGCAAUGAGGCUACAAUUUGACAGCAAAUGAAGUUGCAAUCUGACAGUAAAUAUGGCAGUAAUUUAACUGCAAAAAUGAUGAAAAUGGAGUUGUAAAAUGACAGCAAAAAUGUGCAGCAAGCUAAGGUGCAAAUGUUGAUGAAAUGAAGUUGCAACGGGUAACAAAUAAAAUGCAAAUGCAUCAGAAAUGAAAGCUGCAAAGUGGCUGCAGAGUAACAGCAAGCAUGCGGGAAAAAGUGGUUAUACUUGUCAAAUUUCAAAUGUACUUCUAUUGUUUUUUAAUGUAAAAUAGUUGUUUAGAUUUGAAUUUUGAAUUCAAUUUUUAUUUUUUUAUAAAUAGGACACAUUGUA